AUGAAUAGUUUUGAAACGACAUAUGACGCAGAUGUUUGCCUCGCCAAUCCAGGCGUACCAUAUGAGAUCUAUUUGUGUAAACUCGUCAAGGAUUGUGUUGCAAUGAAUAAGAAUUGCAAUACCAAUUUUCGGCCUUCGGAAGGUCACGUUAGCGAACCCCUCGCAGAAAUUUAG